GGUGAUAUGUCUGAAGUUAAGUUAAUUGGCCAUGCAUGUGUGUGUGUGUGGUAGUGAGAAGAAUUGAGAAAAAGAAUGUGGUCUCCAAAGUCCAACCAAUACAAAUCUCUAGCUCUCCCUCCCUCUCUCUUGUAUCCCUUUAUAUGAAUCUUCUCAGACACGUUUUCGAGAGCCCCUUUUUCCUUAUCAUAGCCUCGCAGCAGCUGAUAUCUCAUGUUGUUCUUGUUCCUAACAAAGCAGCAUUAAAAACCAUGGCAUCUUCACCGGACACCAGCAAAACCAUAAAGCUGAUGCGUUACAACAGCUACCUCCGCAGACUCAACAGCUUCAAACUCCUUAAGACAUCCUUCAUCCUCCUCCUCCUCCUCUACACCCUCUCCACCCACCACCUCCUCCUCUCCUCCGCCUUCCACGGCCCCGCAUGGGAGAAUCAGGUCCGCCACUCCGCCCUCCCCCGCCGCCCCCACGGCAUGUCGGUGCUGGUCACCGGCGCGGCGGGCUUCGUUGGCUCCCACUGCUCCCUCUCCCUGAAGAAGCGCGGCGACGGCGUCCUCGGGCUCGACAACUUCAACUCCUACUACGACCCCUCCCUAAAACGCGCACGCCAGCACCUCCUCGCCAAACACCAAAUCCUCAUCAUCGAAGCCGACCUAAACGACGCCCCGUUGCUCGCCAAGAUCUUCGACGUCGUUUCGUUCUCCCACGUCCUCCACCUCGCAGCACAAGCGGGCGUCCGCUACGCCAUGCAGAACCCCCACUCCUACGUGGCAUCCAACAUCGCCGGAUUCGUAACUCUUCUAGAAGCUUCCAAAAACGCUAACCCCCAGCCCGCCAUCGUUUGGGCCUCCUCGAGUUCCGUCUAUGGGCUCAAUGACGAAAGCCCAUUCUCCGAACUCCACCGUACGGACCAGCCUGCGAGCCUCUACGCGGCAACUAAAAAAGCCGGCGAAGCAAUCGCGCACACCUAUAAUCAUAUCUAUGGACUCUCCCUCACCGGAUUGCGCUUCUUCACUGUUUAUGGGCCCUGGGGAAGGCCCGACAUGGCUUACUUUUUCUUCACUAAGUCCAUUCUCCAGAGAAAGCCCAUUGACGUGUACCAGACGCAUGACGAGAGAGAAGUCGCGCGUGACUUCACUUACAUCGACGACGUCGUCAAGGGCUGCCUCGGUGCCCUCGACACGGCGGAGAAGAGCACCGGCGGCGUCGUAGGGAAGAAGCGCGGCCCCGCGCAGCUGAGAGUUUACAAUCUCGGUAACACAUCGCCGGUGCCGGUGGGUAAACUUGUUUCCGUGUUGGAGACGUUGCUCGGGGUAAAGGCGAAGAAGCACGUGAUCAAAAUGCCUCGAAACGGCGACGUUCCGUUCACGCAUGCUAACGUGAGCUUGGCGUGGAGGGACUUGGGGUACAAGCCCACCACGGAUCUCGCCGCUGGUCUCAGAAAGUUCGUGCAGUGGUACGUCGGGUAUUAUGGUGUUCGCUUAGGGGUAGAAAAGGAAAAACACGCAGACUUGGCUUGAUUCAUCCUUUCCGUGCCCCUCCAUUCAUUUAUUAUAAUUAUAUGUUUUUUUGUUGAAACUUGUGAAUGGUGCUGGCGGCCCAUGUGAGAAUGCAUAAUCAUGAUUUGGUAUUUUAAUAAAAUGCUAGUUGCAUCCAGCAUUAUUCUUUGUGCACCCAACACUUAAGAUGAAAUGACAAAAAUAUCUUUGAUCC